UCCACAUUGCAGAAAAUAUGACUGUAUAGAACAUAAAAAAAACUUUUCUAAAUUGCUUUCAAAAUUUUCUUAGUAGCGUUUGAACUCACUCCACUCAUAAGUUUUGUGCAGCCAACUUGGCUAUUCCGUGACCGUGUUAAUGCGUAAAGGUUGAAAAUUUGGAAUGCUGUUUUACCGAUUAGUGGCACCGUUCGCACUAUUUCCAUUUCUUGCUAUAGGUAUAUUAUACGAUCGUCUGCCGCCUGUCCAGUUAAAUUAUCUCAAGCAGAACAGGAAUGGCUGCAACUAUCCCCACUCCGAAGGAUUUUACACUUGGUUUGCUCUAUCUCGCGGCAAUGCUUUUUCCUGCGAUAUGGAUGGCGCCCAGCAGAGCAGCGUCGGCGAUCGGCUAGAUGCCUGCCCGGACUGGUUACGAGCGUUCUCGCUCUAUCCUAUGCAAUUUCAGACGCUUCCACACAAUUCCGAUUCCGAUAAAACCGUCAUUUCCCAAUAUGCGCAAUCAAGAUGCUAUAUGAAAGCUGACUUGUUAGGAACUUAUUACAGCGAACGUAACACCGCUCCCAUGGCAUCAGCAAGAUUCGUACCAAGUGGUUGCACAAAAUUGCAGACUUCAUUUUGGUACCGAAUGUCAUCUCAGCCGAUUAUUACCAGAAACCGUAGCAGAAACUAUUUUCUCGAAUUGAUAUUAUCUAAACAAUACCCUGCCAAUCUCAUCGGGGAAUCCUUACAGACUUUCCAGAUUUGGGGCAGCACAAUCGAUUUUCAGGGAUUUCCCGGCGCCAAUGUGUGGACGAAUGCAGCGGUCGAGUAUUCAGUGGACACCGCCACCGGUGUUUUCCUUAACUUUUUUGCGCAUCAUGGUGAUACGUGCAACACCAUGUCCAUUGAUUUGGAUACUGUCGAGACGCGACUGGCAGUCCCAAAAAGGAACUGCAAUGCCACCACAACGACUUCAGGCCCGCUUGUGUCUGAAUUAACUAAAACGACCACAAGAAUGCCACUGUCACGUUCACCAAACCCAGUGUCACUAUCAACAUUUACUACGAGUGAUACUCAGCUGCCAGUUGCGCUGUCGACAAUUCGUGCAGCAACGGCUGUUCCGGCACAAAUCGAAACCACCACUACAAUGAUAUUAUCACCCAUCAGUGUGCAACUUCAGCAAGUAAUCAACAAAGAAAAUUACCCAAACACGACGGCCUACUAUACUCAGUCGGCACAUAACGUUUUGGAAACGCUGGAAAACGGUAUCAAAAACGAGAGCUUAGAAACUGGCUUCGGAGACAUUAUGACGAUAGCCCAAUUCUUCCAAGAAUUCGCGGAGAUGCCUCCCCCGUUAGGUUUACUAGUGCCAGAAGGAGCGCAAGAGAACGCUGUUAACACUCUACUCCAGAUUACGGAUGCAACCGCCAGCGCAGAGGAAUCUGGUACAGUCACGGCAGACGAUAGUCAACACGGACAAUAUGCCGCAGCCACCAUUUAUCAAUCACUGGAAAAGAUGUAUAACAAUCUGCCGUUAGCAAAGGAACCCUAUAUAUUCACGUCCACAUACUCCUUGGCUUAUGCUCAUGUAUUUCACAUCAACGUUACGUCAAUAUUCGAUCAGCCGAAAAUGUAUACAAAGCUGAUAGUGUCUAGCUUCAGCUGGGAAAGAGGAAUUACGAGUUCUACAAACGAGAGCAUGGCUUCUGUAGCGGUGAUUAAUCUUAACGUUAAAGCAUUGCGGGAAGCCUACGAGGAACUAAAAAAUGGGGCCAAUACAACAAGGUCUGUGUUUGCAUUUUCGCUGUCCGCAAUGCCUGAGUUCAGGUUUGCCAGAUAUACCGGCACUAACGAAGCGCAAGUACGGUCAAGUCCAAUAAUGCUGCUGGCAUCCGUGGAUCACACGCUUAGUCGUAGAGAUAUUAUCACCAUUCGUCACAAUGUCGAUCGAUUGUUUCAUAAUCCGUCUGGCGUCAAAAGGCGUCACCAGUGCAUCUUCCUGGAUUACACUUUACAGCAGUGGUCGGAAGACGGGUGUAGGCUUACAGCCAAAUAUCCACAAUGGGGCAACACCACCGUGGAAUGCACGUGUGAUCAUCUGACGCCGUUCUCGCUUCUGUUAACGCUGUGUGGCAGUCUGUCCAACUCUUUUGCUUCCAGAAAAGAACCUUUUACCUUUGAUCUGGCUGUUGUAACAACAGCCACCACCACGGUAUCAGCCGUGUGCUGCCUGGUGUCCUUUGUUAUCAUAAUCGUCAAAGUGUCACGGAAAACCGUCGUGUUUGACGAAGUGACAUUUACCCGCACCGGUUUAUGGAUAGUGCUGUUCGGCAUGUAUUUCUUCAUCUUGCUCUCCCAGCUGAUGGUCUAUACUCCGGAAAUCUGUGAACAACGGUUUUGUUUGGUCAAUGCCAUUCUUCUUCACUGGUUUGCGCUAAUGAGUAUUGCAUGGACAACUGUGCAAACAGUACGAGUCAUUCAGAUAAUACGCUUUCCACAAACUUAUGGGAGAACAAAAUACCUUCCUGGAGACACGUACCAUAGGUUCAGAAUGAAGACCUGGUUUGCUGCAACUGUUAUUCCCGGCGUUUUCCCUUUUCUUGCCUCGGUUAGCCAUUUCUCCGAAAGUUCAAGGGAAUUUCUUGGAGGAUACGGUUACGCAAGUCAGGAAAAAUGGUGCUGGUUGGACGGCGAUCACCUUUGGAUACCCUGGGUGACGUUUAUCGCGCCUAUGUCCAUCGCAGCUCUCCUCAACGUAGCAGCUGUCGUUAUUUAUAUCAAGACAACAAAAGGUCGCCGAAAGAAACUGGCGGCCUUGGACAAACAGGCCGGCAUUCAGGCGGACACGGUUAAAAGCCGGCUCUAUGGAGUAAUUAUCACGACUGGUUUAAUGGGAUUCACGUGGUUGAGCGUAUGGUUAGCGCUCUUUUCCUGUCUUAUUGAUGAAACUCUGCAGUAUGUCUGCGUAAUACUGCUGACCGUUGCGUGCGGCUCGCAGGCUGUUUACAUUAUCAUUUUCCAAGCUGUAAUUCCGGAGAAACAAUUGAGAAAAGGGGAAAUAUCGGAUAAAAAUUAUUAG